UAGAGUUUAUAUUUUACAACAGAAAAUCGUGCAUCUUGAUAACUGAGUGCGUUAACACGCGUGCGCGUUGUAUAUAUACGAGUAGGUUUUAAUUCUUUGAAUGUGUUGGUGUGAAUGAGUAAGUACUUGAUAGUGCGUAUAUAUACAUACACUUCUAAAUAAUCUUGUAUUUUUGAGAUUUGUGUAACAUUCUGUUACAAUGGAAGAAACUUCACUGGAUUAUUCUCUUUUAAAAACAAGUCAGGAAGAAAACUUGAACACAUCUUCACCUGCCUUAAAUUACAAAAACCGGAUAUCAAUGCAAAAAUCGACUUUCUAUGUCGUAUUGCUCAGUGUUUCUAUUUUGCUCAUUGGAAGUGGAAUUCUCGUGUAUCUACUGUCGAAUAAGAAUAGCACUUGCCGAUGUAUUAUUCCAGACGGAUGUUUUAUUAAUGCGAGACUAAAUUCCUCGCUGAACCUUUUAUCCGGAGCUACAAUGCCACAUUUGCAGACGACAUAUUCUCGUGAACAGACGACAAAUUCUCAGAAUCUCACGUUGCCUUCAUUCACGACGAAUUUUCAAAAUACUACUUCUGCUGUAACUACGCCGAAGGAAUCAGUGCAUGUUGGAACAAGUUCGGCGACAACUUCGCCUCCACUAAACACAACAACAGAAGUACAAGAUUGUCCUGACAACUGGAUUUCAUAUGGACAGUCGUGUUAUUUCAUCAGUAACCAAUCGGCAAGCUGGAUAGAUGCGAUGAUUCGAUGUCAAAAACUGAACGGUUACCUUGCCGAGAUUACAUCUGCUGACGAAGAUCAGUUCCUGAAACACCAUAUUGAAACACGUGACAGACAAAACAGUAGAGAAUGCUUCAGUACCUCCUCAAAUCAAUAUAGAGGCACUACAACUACGACGUACGACGGGCACACGUGUCAGCGCUGGGAUUCACAAACUCCCCACAAACAUACACGAAAUCAACCCAACAAGUUUCCAGAGAGAUCUGUGGCAAAUGCUGCUAACUAUUGUCGAGAUCCCGACGGAGAAGGGUUACCAUGGUGUUACACAACAGACCCAAAAUUCAGGUGGCAGUAUUGUGGCAUUUACGAGUGUCCAGGUGGGAACUACUGGGCCGGAAUGGUCGUGCUGGAAGAUGUCUGGAAAUGGAUCCAAACGGAGACUGAACUUGAUCAAGGUUACACUAACUGGUCUCUAACUAAACAAUACUGGGGUCUUUGCGGGGCAUUAAUUUCGGACUUAAAAUAUCAAUGGAAGAGAAGCAAAUGUUCACAUACGGCAAUGUACAUUUGCGAACAGACGAAAUAUCAAUAAGACAGUUGUCGUCUGUUUCAGAACGCUUCGUGAAAUCAGACAUUAAUUGAACGCAGAACGCAGAACAAUGCUGCCAGCGUUCUUUGCCGUAAAAUGGAACUAUUUUACAACAAACAAUUCAUGAUCAUUUGAUAUAUUUUGUACAAAUACAUUAUAUUAUAAUCUUU